CAACGACGACGACAAACAGCAAGCCGCCACGCACUGCUGCACUGAUACACACUCCACACAGAACACAGACACAAACACACCCUUGUUCUCCCCCUCCUGAGCACGAUCCCCUCACACACACAUACAUACAUACAUACAUACACACAUACAUACAUACACACAUCCACACACCUGAACGCCCAAAGACGUGAGAGCGGCGCGAUGGCCGACGACGAGUCCACGGAAGAGAAAACAACCACAGCACCCGCAGCACCUCCAGCUGCUGUAGUGCAAGGUGGUGGUGGUGACGAUGGCCAGCUGGUGGCGGAGGAGGAUGUGAUGGAUCAGGAGAUGCAGCAGAUCAUGAGGGGAAUGAGCCACAUGCGCUCCUGCGACAGUGAGGAGGCCGGUGAGUCCGAUCGACCAAACCCCUUCGUGUCCGUGGCAAAGCGCGUGCCAGAGACAGACUCCACCGUCUACACGCUGCUGCGGUUCAACAUGGGCUUCCACUUGCCCAACAAGUACGCGCCACCAAACGGCAACGUUGCGCUGGGCGCGUUUGCCAAGGUGGUGUUCUCGCGCGACCUCACACGGCCGCCAACGCCUGUUGAUGAUUACCAGUUUGAGGGCCACUCCCAGCAGGUGGCCAUCAAGAAGCUGCGACGCUUCCAUGACGCUGACGAGGCGCUGCGCGCGUACCGCGAGCUGCUCAUCCUGCGGCAUCUUCGGGAGCACGACAACAUCGUUGCCCUGCGCGACUUCUUCCUGCUACCUGGGGAUGACAGCCUCUUGGACUACUACAUCGUCACUGAGUACUGCGGCAACACGCUCGACCAGGUCAUGCUCGGCGACCUGGACCCGAUGGACGUCCAGAUGAUUGCGUACAGCAUUCUUCGCGGAGUCAAGUACAUCCACAGCGCAGGCCUGACGCAUCGAGACCUCAAGCCCAAUAACGUCCUCAUCGACGUCGAUACGGUGAAGAUCAUUGACUUUGGCUACGCCAAGCGGGACCGAGGCCGCUUCCCGUACAUGCAGGCCUACAUGCAGUGCCGCGACUACAGGGCGCCCGAGCUCUUUCUCUGGCUCCAGUUGGACUUUGCUCACUCAGAUCCGCUUGUGUGUGAUCACGUGUGCGUGUCGUGUCUGCUGUCGACAAACGGGGACGUGUCCACGAGCUCUUCAAAGUCCAUUCCAAACCGCGCAGCCUUCAGCAGGUACCUGCACACACGCGUGCAAAUGGAGUGGAAGAAGUGA